AUGGAAGAGCCGCAGAGCGGCGGCAGCGGUAGCGUAGAGCAGCUGGCCAAGAGCUUGGUGCGGUAUGCGCUGUCCUGCGAGCUUGCACGCAAGCCCAUCAAGCGGCAGGACGUCAACGAGAGAGUGCUCGGGUCGCAUGCCCGGCUGUUCAAGACGGUGCUGGACCAGGCCAACAGCGAGCUCACGGACGUGUUUGGCAUGCAGUUCGCCGAGCUGCCCAGGGGCGACAAGGUGACGGCGCGACAGAAGCGCGCGGCCGCCGGGGCAGACUCGCAGAGCAGAGCCAGCGGCAUGUGGGUGCUGCAGACGACCGUGCCUGCGCAGUACAGACUGGCGCCGGCGAUUGGACCAGCGCGGCGCGCCGACGGAGCGGAAGACGACGCAGCCGCCGCCUACGUCGGGCUCUACACCAUGGUCAUCGCGCUCGUCACCAUUGGCGGCGGGCGGCUGCCCGAGGGCAAGCUCGACCGCGCGCUGCGACGCAUGAACGCGGAGCAGACGACGCCCGUCGGCACCAAGGACGCGACGCUCGCGCUCAUGGUCAGGGACGGGUACAUUGUCAAGGUCAGAGAGGCGGUGGGCGGCGACGAGACGGUCGACUACAUGGUGGGCCCGCGCGGCAAGGUCGAGGUGGGCGCCGAGGGGUUCGCGCAGCUCAUCCGGGCCAUGUACGGCGACGACGGCGACGUCGGCGACGUCGAGGGGAAGAUUAAGCGCACGCUCGACGUGGCUGGGACGACGGCGUGA